UGCGUGAAGCUUUUAUUGUGGCUUUUAUUCUGAAGGAGCUCCAGAUAUAAACAACAAUCAGCUAAGUUUCGGUUUCUCUGGUGUGGUCUUUAAUAUCAUAUAACGAGCUGAGGACAUCGUGUUUCCCGGUGCUGAAGGUCAAGGAACACUGACAUGGCUCCGACACUGUAUGAUGAGAAACCAGAGGUUGGAGACUUGAUUGAGAUCUUCCGUGGCUCCUAUCAGCACUGGGCUGUGUAUGUUGGUGAUGGCUUCAUUGUCCACUUGGCACCCCCCUCAGAGGUCCCGGGUUCAAGCGCCAACAGUAUGAUGUCUGUUCUAGCUGAGAAGGCCGUGGUGAAGAAAGAGGAGCUGUGGGAUGUGGUGGGAAGCGACAAGUGGGAAAUCAACAACAGCCUGGACAAGAAGUACAAGUCCCGCCCGGCUCACGUCAUUGUGAGGGAUGCCUGUGCGAAGGUGGGCGAGGAAAUGCCAUACUGCGUCUUCAGGGGGAACUGUGAGCACUUUGCAACGGAGAUGCGCUACGGAAAGGCUGAGUCCCGUCAGGUGCGUAAGGCCGGAGAAACUGUCGCUGUGGCCGGCUUGGCUACAGCGUUGGUUCUGGGUUUCGCAUACAUGUUUUCUGGCGGCAAAAAAGAAAACAAGAACACAGAGUGAUUGACGUUCUGGAUCGCCUGUUCAGGGAUUUGAUGAACGGAUCACCAGCAAAGCCUAACUUGUACUUAUUAAAUCAUUUACAUCUGUGAUAUAGCCAAAUAUUGUAUUAAUUUUCAUCUUACUUGACCUCCAUGUGUCCCUUAUGCCUUCUUUAGUUCGAUUACAAAGCUGGUUGGUUUGAGAUCAAACCCUGUGUUUUUCAGACUUUUUAACUUCAGCACAUAUGAGCACAUGAACACUAUUAAAAGAAAUACGCGGCAAAGAUGCAA